AUGAUGCGUUUCCUCGCCCGCUCCGCUGCCAACGGCUGGCUGGUGGUGGGCGCAGCAGCGGACCCCUCUGCCAUCCCCAUCUCCCGCCUCUCCUCUGGAGGCUCCCCCACGCUGCUGGUCCUGGGGAGCGAGGGAGCAGGGCUGAGGACCAAUGUGAAGCGCGCCUGCGCGCACCUUGUGCGGAUUAGCGGAGCGGUUAAUAGUGGGGAUGUUGGUGGAGGGAUGGGGAAGGGAGGGGGUGCGGGUGAGGCGGCGGAGGAGGGGUGGGGAAGUGGGGAGGAGGGUGAGGGGGAGAGGGAAGGGAAGGAGGGAGAGGUUGUUGCUGGUGCUGUGAAGGAUGGAUCAGGUGAGGGAGAGGAUGGGGCAGGUGGAACUGUGGGGGAUGUGCGUGGGCUGGGGGCUGGGAGUGGCGUGAAACAUGGAAGUAAGAGCGGAAGGCUGAAGGUGGUGGAUAGUCUGAAUGUGAGUGUAGCUGCUGGCAUUCUUCUACACCAUCUCAUCAACUCCUCUGUUGACGCACAUGAGCUCACGUGCUUGGAACAUGGAGCUGAAGGCACGAAAACGGCUUACGGCAAGGGAGGCAGUGGAGGGCGUGACAUGCAGAAGGGGAGCAUCCGGACGCACCAGCGCUCCACCGCACACCAGGACGCACACGCCGAGAUGAAGUCGAAGGAGAGCCGGAAGCUUCGUCAAACGCUGCUGAGCCAGUUCGAGGGGUUGGAUCGCAGCACUCUUCACAUCAUCACCGCUCUCAAGACUACCGUAUACAUCUGCAAGUCGGAGGCGCCAAUCACCUCCUACGUGGGCACCAUCAAGUUCAUGGAUGAGCUCGGAGUCCCGAACCUUCCCUUGGAUUCCAAGGGAAACUACUUUUCGGAGGAGGCGUUGGCCGCGAAGGAUGCCGCUGAGAAGGUGACGGAGUUCAACAUCAUAGACCAGGCGGUGCGCAACGUGGCAGAGCAGCUUUCUAGGUCGAGCAACUGGCACCGGCGAUUCGAGCACCUUCAGGAGUACAUCUGCGAAACCAACCUGGAGCUGCAGGGGAUCCACGACGUGCGAUGGCUCUCUAGAGAAGAGGCAGUCAAGCGGUUCGCCAAGGUUCUGCCGGCGACAAUCGUCCUGCUGCACGAUUUCAAGCACGCGCUAUACGAAACGGUCACCUCUUUCAAAUUCCACUUCAUGCUUUUCUUCCUUGCAGACAUUCUUGCCGUGCUCAACGAGCUCAACGCCAAGUUCCAGAAGCAGCAGGUGACAUGUGGAGUGCUUUGCAACUAUUCAUCCCACGCCCACUCACAGGUUGACAUCACUGUGGUCGCGGGGGAGGUGUCACUCGCUUGCCGGACGAUCGAUGUGCGUUACGUGGACUGCGAGGAUCGUUUUGGCAACGAACAGUCACCCCUGCUCUGCGCGUUCCUGAAGAAACACGGCAACCCCGAGCACCGCGAAGUCACUGUCAAAGGCGUGGACCAGAACGGCGAAGCUGCAGAGCACGAGUUCGUGCUUCACGAGCGCAAGAUCCCAGGCCAUAAGACUGGCGGGGACUACUACUCCUACAAGGCGGUGUGCCAGGAGUUUGCGAGGGUCUGCGUUGCACGACUGGAGUUCCGCCUGGAAGACCUCAAGAACCUGGCCGGCUCCAAGCUUUUCCGGCCAUCGUGCUAUCCCGACGACAACGCGCAGCGGAUGAAGAAGUGCCGCGAGUGGUUGGGCAUGCUAGACCACAUGUUUCACCACCGCCUCUUUGGAGUUUUGGUAUUGACUUGUGCUGCUCUGCUCCCUGCUAGGAGUAUUCUGCUGGAACCGGACCAGGCCAGACCAUCCCAUAUGUAG